AUGAAUGCUCUGCAGAGCUACGAUAGCGGCUCGGAGGAAGAUUCCGCUGGACCCUCCAAGCCAUCAGCAUCCAUCAAUGCCGCGGGAGCAUCCGCCGCUCCGGUAAAGAGAGCAAUAUCUCCUGACGAAGAUGACAAUGUGACCGUCGAAGCAAGUGACGCCUUUGGCCUCCAAAAUCUUUCCGGAGGUGACGCAUCGGCCAGUGAAGAUGCCCAAAGGAACAAGGCGAGCAAGAGAUCAAGGGAAGAGGCUGACCGGCCAACGGGUAGCGGCGCUGCGUCUCGGUCACAAGCAGGUUCCUUCAAUGCUCUGACUGUCACCGCCGCUCCGGGCGUGAUCGAUGCUGUGAGUACAUCAUCGUAGUCUGUCCUUGCCAUUUUCCACUCAACUCAACGCCCGAACCCCUCUUGAACUCGAAGGAUCCAUCGGCUGCACAGUUGCUCACGAGACCCAGCGACACCUCUAUGCACGUCAAUCUGCGAUACACCGACAUGACCGCGCCCAUCAUUGGUCCCGAGAAUCCUUUCGCAGCCAGACCGCUUGGGUCGCAAGCCAAUACGCUGACUGGCCACAUUGAAGAAGCUGCCAUGAGUGACUUCGACUUUCGAGCUCAGCAGCGUACCUUUGAGUCUCUAGGAUAUGCAAGGAAUCCAUCAAACCUGGCUCAGAAUGGCGGGAACGGCUUUGUGGGAGAUAAGGCGAGAGCGCUGGCGCUGAAGGGCGCUUCUGCAUUUGAGCUGCGCGGCGGAGACGGCGAGAGCAGGAAAGCUGCGAGAGCAUUGAAAAAGCAACGCAAGGGGCAAGAUGGAAGCUUGGAAGAUGUGGGAGAAGGCGGAUAUGCAGGUCCUUGGGGAGGCUGGCACGGCGAAAAGGUGAACGUCGCAGAAGGUGUCGGUCCCACACCAGAGGAAAUCAAGCGUGCAGAGGAGAGAAGCACGAACAGGCAGCUAGAGAAGCUCGAGAUGGAAGCACGAAGAAGGCGAGAGGAUGCGGCGGGCACUGAAAAGAGCGUCUUUCAUGGUGAGGAGCUGGCUGUCGAGGUAUUGCGUCGCUCGAAUAUUCUCUACUCACACGCAACACGCUCAUGUUGUCCUGCAGGAAAGUCCAUGUAUGAUUACCAAGGCAGGACGUACAUGCAUGUGCCUACUGAUGUGGAUACCAACCUCAAGGGUCAACCCGGUACAGAACAAAGCUUCAUUCCAAAAGCUUGCAUUCACACAUGGACGGGCCACACAAAAGGUGUAAGCGCCAUUCGCCUGCUACCUGGCAGCGGUCACCUAAUGCUGAGCGGCAGUAUGGACACUCAGGUCAAGGUGCGUAGCAGCUCGCAAGGAAUGAUGCAUUGUUUCAGGAAAUACUGACGCGUUUGCCUUGUCUGACUGAAGCUCUGGGACGUAUAUCACGACGGCAAAUGUCUCAGGACUUACAUGGGCCACAACAAAGCGGUACGAGAUGUUACAUUUAGCCCUGACGGUCGACGGUUCCUGUCGGCCUCGUACGACAGGCAAAUGAAGCUUUGGGACACGGAGACAGGCCAAUGCAUUCGAGCAUUUUCCAACGGAAAGGUGCCUAACGUCGUGCGCUUCCACCCCGACAAGCCAAACAUCUUCUUGGCGGGGAUGAGCGACAAGAAAAUCACUCAAUUCAACACGGACGAUGGAGAGGUUACCCAGGAGUACGACCAACAUCUUGGACCUGUCAACUCCAUCACUUUCGUCGACGAGAACAGGCGUUUCGUCACGACCUCUGACGAUAAGACGAUGCGAGCGUGGGACUUUGACAUUCCAGUCGUGGUCAAAUACAUUGCGGACCCAACCAUGCACUCGAUGCCUGUGGUGGCGACGCAUCCAAACAGUGAGUGCAGCUCCAUUCGAUGCGAUGUCGCACAAUACCACGCUGAUCUGGUGUCACGGCUGUCGCGCUUCUUGCUUCCCUUGCAGAAAAAUGGCUGGCGUGCCAAUCGCUCGACAACCACAUCAAUGUCUUCGCAUCGGACAGCUUCCGGCAAAACAGGAAAAAGAUCUUUUCGGGGCAUCACAUUGCGGGUUACGCUUGUCAGCUCGGCUUCAGCCCUGAUGGUCGUUUCAUCUCGAGCGGCGACAGCGAGGGAAAUGUGGUGUUUUGGGACUGGAAGAGCGGCAAGCUGCUCAAGCGCUUGAGGGCUCAUAAGGACGUCGUCAUCAGCCACGAAUGGCUGCCUCACGAAACGGUGCGUUGUGGAUCAAGAGCUCUUGCACCUUGGCAGAGCAGAGCAGCUGCUGAAAAAAUUCAUUUUUAUGCUUGAACACGGCGCAGAGCAAGCUUGUCACGGGCUCGUGGGACGGUACGAUCAAGCUUUGGGUAAGUCGGCUUUUUGCCGCGCUCUUAUUCGCAAGAGCCUCUUGAGCUGAUCCCAGAUCUUCUUCAUCGCAGGACUGA